GUCCCGCUCUACAAUACUGUUUUCUGAUCGAUUCGAGAAAUAAGCAAGAAUGUCUGGUCGUGGAAAGACUGGCGGUAAGGCUAAAGCCAAGGCUAAGAGCCGAUCCUCCCGGGCCGGACUGCAGUUCCCUGUGGGUCGUGUGCACAGGCUGAUGAGAAAAGGUAACUACGCUCGGCGUGUUGGCGCCGGGGCACCCGUGUAUCUAGCGGCUGUGCUGGAGUACCUGACCGCUGAGAUCCUGGAGCUGGCUGGAAACGCAGCCCGCGACAACAAGAAGACCAGGAUCAUCCCCCGUCACCUGCAGCUGGCCGUCCGCAACGACGAGGAGCUCAACAAGCUGCUGGGCGGAGUGACCAUCGCUCAGGGCGGCGUGCUGCCCAACAUCCAGGCCGUCCUGCUGCCCAAGAAGGCUGAGAAGGUUGCCAAGAAGUAACGACCCGGUUCACACUAACCCAAAACACAAAGGCUCUUUUCAGAGCCACACACAGCAAAC